AUGGAUACUUUCAAACUUAGACGGCCUAAUCUUCAUUGUUUUUUAUCCUGGCUAGUUUAUAAUGGGCGUAAUCACUUUCUCAAAAGUCUGAACAAGUAUGAUCGGUUCGAGCGCUACCGCCUCCGAGCCGUUCGUGCUGCUCUUGCCAAUGGUGCCUCAUCUGGAGGCGGGUCUAGCCUCGUGGCAGUCGCCUCUUCUGCUGCUGACACUAGUUCUGUGGCACACCCUCAUCUCAAUCACCAUAAUUAUCCACAGCACCAGCAUCAACUUCAGGCCCAACAACAGCAGCUUGCUCUUACUCUUCCCACUUCGGCUACUAGUGGGCAUUUGCAGACACAUUUGCCGUCCAGCACCACGACCGCCAUCCUUGCCUAUCCACAGCAGCAGCAGAAGUUGGUUGUUAUGGCACCUGGUGGCGCAAGUAAUGCUUCGGGUCUAUCCCUCUCGUUGGUACAGCAACAGCUUCGUCACCAUCACCAUCAUCACCAUCGUCAGCAGUCAGGACAGAGCCGGCAAUCUGCCGCCGCUCCAUCUUCAUCUGGACCUGGCGAACAGCCCCUUAGAUUGGCUUUGAUGCCACCACCAGCUUCUUCUUCGUCAUCUUCAGCAGUAGUGACAAUGGCAACGGAUCUGGGAGUGGCGGAAGCAAGGGAUCGGAGACUGGCAGACCGAGGACCUCGAAGCGCCAUGGAGGAUGAAGAUGAAGCUCUUCUAGACACCAUUGAGGAGACGACCCCAGUAUGCACAAGUUUCCUUAAAUUUUACUUUCAAACUAUUUCAUCUUAA